AUUUGGAUCGCCCGUCCAGCUAGUCUCACCGACCGACCGACUACUUGCCGCCGCAUUACCUAAACGCCGCCGCGAUGACGUCACGCGUGUCGUCCAGCUGUAAUUCUGUCGGUUUCGUCUGCCUCUGUGCUCUGAUAUGAAGUUGGUGACGUCACGGAAAGCGGCAAUAAAAGCGCCACUCCAGUCGCGGUGGGCCUGUCACAGCCUUGACGUGUGCGCUCCUGGUGGCGAUGCUGCUCUCGGGCCGCCCCUCUCGGCGCGGACCUGCCCUUUCCCGGUGAGACGAGGUGUGCGAGCCGGCGAUGAGGAUGAGCCAGCGGGCCUUUUCGCUCAAGACGCGGGUGGACGCCGGGAGAAGCCGCGUCAGCGAGACGCUGUCCGGAUCUCUGCCCAGGAUGAACCCGCAGAAUCGCAACAUGCUUUUCCAAACGAAAGCGCAAAAAAGCUUCGAGGACAAGAAGUUGAAUCCUUACAAAAAAACGGAAGAAAUAAAGCUGACGUUACCUCCAAUCAACACUGUUAAGACCAGGGUCCAUUCCUCGUACUCCAACAACAUUAAGGAUCUGAAGAACCAGAACUAUGACCUGAAGCUGCAGCUGAUCGAAGUCAAGACGGAGACCAAGCUGUUAAAGAAAGUACAGCAUCGCCACACGGUGGCGCUGCAGAAUUACCACGACGCUGAAGAUAGCAUUUCGGAGGUGCUGACACAGAACGACAACGAGGUCCGGGACCUGCAAAAGCUGCUGUGCGGAACGCGCACCUGCCGCAACAACCUGGCGUGGAAGCUGCAAGUGACGGAGAAGGAGCUGACCAACGUCAAAGACAAGAUCCAGCAUCUCCAGCGGCGGGUGGUCAAGGAGCACACCUUGCCGGCCAAGGACGAGAUGUCCCGCGAGCUGAACAAAGUCUCCGGGCAGCUGCAAGACAAGGACAGGCGCAUACAGGAUUUGGAGAAGUGCAACAAAUUUCUACGCGGCUCUCUCAAUCGGCAAGCGACAUCGGAACACAAAAAGAUCAGCGCGGCCAGGAAGACGUCCUAUUGUUUGCAGACGCAGGUUUUCGAGUUAAAAAAAGAAACUCGGGACAUAAAAAGAGAGUUGGAGAUACACAAUAUUUAUGCCUAUAAACUUGGUAAUCAAUCAAAAAAGAAAGGCAAACUGAACAAGAUGGUCCAGACCGAUGUUGUCUCUGCGUCCUGCAGCGAGACUGAGAAUCCCGUCAAGUCGGAUGUGUCCGAACCUGAGGAGAAGCCACCUGUCAGUCAUUCGGUGAUCCCUGAGAGACACGAUUACGGACCGCCCCUACCACCGCCCUCUCUGGACGAUCCAAAAGAGCCGGAAGAUACCAACAAAUAUCCAGUGGUCGAAGAAAUCCCCAGUCAUCCGCCUGUGGUGGAAUACGUUGAGGAAGUGAUCGAAGAAAGGAAGCCAGACAUAGUGGUUGUUCAGCAGCCAGAGAAGCAAGAAGAACAGGUGGUCUGGAUCCCAACACCGCCUAGACAUAGAGGAGGAUUCCCACAGAUUACCAGACACAGACGGAAAUACAUAUUCUCACCGGUCAUUGAGAACCUACAUAAGGGCAGACCAGCCUACAGCGGUGUGGACAUGAAUGAAUACAAGGCCUUUCAGAGACAGACGAAGGUAGAGUCUUAUAGUCAAUCGUGUUCAGGAAGUUCACCGGCUUGGAGAUCGGAUUACAUAGAAGACGGCUCUCCAUGCGGGUUUGAGACACCCCAUCCCGAAGGGGUGUCUUUUGUGUCACAGGAAGUCUCCGAUUUGCCUGAGUCCAAACUUAGUGUCUCUGAAAUAUGCGAGUAAGUAAGCUCUGCAGGUUUUAAUACUCGACGGAUGAGUAUUUGUCUUACAUUUUUACAACAGCUGGUUUAACAGCGGUCUGUUUGGGGAUGUUUGGAAGGAUCAGUUUUUACAGACUUGGAAUUCAAUCUGAACCGACCUGAACUCAAACCAAAUUAGACAGAAUACACCUGCACACCAAUCACUGACUGAAUAGGUCACAAUGUAGGUUGAUUGUAAUGGCUAGUUUGAGAUGUCGCAUAUUUUAGAUGACCUUUGACACCAACUACCUCAGUCCUCAUGUUUAAGGUUAUUCAAUAUUAUUUCCAGGCGAUGGUCUUUGAAGAUCAGUUUAUGCCAACAGUGUACAUAUUCUUAGCCUUUUAGCUUUAGCUACCUCAGCCAUUUUAAGUCUUAUAUUUUUUUAAAUCUAUAGGACUUCUUUGGCAUUGAACAAUAAUUCCUGAGUAUUUGGUUGUACGAAUGAUUUCUACCUGUCUACCUCAACUACCCCGUGUUGGAUAUUUAAAAUAGGGGUUCCUCGCUCUGACAAAGAGCAGAAGUUUGAAUGUUGCUACUGUCAAAUUAUAUGGACUCUAUGGCAGACCUGCCAAAUGCUGUGUAGUACCUCAGCGGUAGAGUAGUCUAAGGACUUGAGUUGGGGACUUGAAGCUGACAAGUUCAAGACCAGUAGACAAAAGAACAGGUACUGUAGAGAAGCCCGUGAACAAGGCACCAAAACCCCAACUGGUUAGGGUCUGACUGCCACUCCUCUUACAUCCAUCUGCAUAUUUUUUCUUGUAUG